GCAAACUCGGGCAUGUGUCACCCGAUGGCCUGACUGCAUCGACUUUAGCAUCGCUCCCUCUACGACUGCCUCGACGCGUCGCCAUCUUUGUCUCCGGCGUCUUCUCCAUUACGCCACCACCAUGGCGCCUCCUCGUGCGCCCACGGCUUCAUGUGCAGCUUCCUCGUCUUCGGCAAUCUCAACAGCUCUACAUUGACCUCGGCUACUCUACGCACGACAUCUUCGACCAUGGCUCCUCGCCCUCCAGCUCGGCUACCUCGACAUCGGCACAAAGGGCUACCAUCCGCAUGAGUUACUCGCCGGUUUUCUCUUCAGUCGCAGCAUCCACACCACAUAGACGUUAUGACUGCGGGGGGAUGUUAGUCCGUUGGCUCCUGCUUUCGGCCUCUUCUCCAGUCUCACCGUUUGCGGUGCUCCCGCUGUGACUGCGGGGGAGUAUUAGAGUAUAUUUGAUAGUUGUAGAUAUACGUAUCGUAGACUGCCAUAUGUAUCCCGGGGAGGCUUGCCCCCCAAGUCUUGUACUCUUAUAUAUACCAGCCGAUGCCUCAAUGAAAUCAUCCCAUUAUACACUAAUCCUAUUCUCCUACACCCCCAACCCUUGUAAAUAUUACUAGGCAUUUUUACUAAACAUCCUUGCAUAUACACUUGUUUACUUGAGCAAAUUCUUGUUUUAAAAAUGAAACGCUGGGGACAUAUUAAUCUUGAAGGGCUCUUCCCCUACCUUGGCCCAACAGAAUGAAGAUUGCUCUGGAUGCUGCAAAAGGCCUAGUCUUCCUCCAUGAAGUUCCCGAACCAGUUUUUUAUACGGAUUUUAAGACAUCGAAUAUUCUUCUUGAUGCGAAGUACAAUGCGAAACUAUCUGAUCUCGGUUUAGCAAAUGCUGGUCCAUAGGGUGAUAAAACUCAUGUCUCUAUUCGAGUUGUUGGCACCUAUGGUUAUGCUGCACUAGAGUAUGUAAUGACAGGUAGAACAAGCUCAGAGAAAUAGUGUAAAGUACCAAUCUUUGUUUCCAUAUAAUUUUGCCGAUCAAUAACAGUAGGAGAAUUAAAAUAGUUUUGCCUCAUAUUUUGUUCCCCUGAGGUAAGUGACAUGGGUCGAGUGAUGCAAAUGGUGGACUUGAUGACUUUUGUGGGCAUAUCCAAAUUGGUUUUAGGUUUUGGGGAAGAAAUUUCUGCUCACUGCUGCCUGCAGCUUGGGUCCCCUUUUUUUGGGUCUGAGAGGACUUUGUGCAGGCUUUUAUCCUGCAGUUCUUGGGUCAACUGUAUUCUGGGGGCUAUAUUUUUUUUUUAUAACAGAGCUAAACAAAGAUACUUACAGAGGAAGGAUGACCAGCUUCAUCCGGUCCAACAUCUCAUCUCAGCUACAGAAGCAGAGGUGUCCUUGUUUACAAAUCCCAUAUGGCUGGUGAAGACAAGACUGCAACUACAAACACCUAAACAUCAUACUUCAGGAUAUUCUGGUUUUUCUGCCUUCAUACUCUAGAGAGUUGAGGCGACACAGCCCGAGGUGGCGUUGAGGCGACACGGCCGGGGCGGAGCUGAGGCGGCAACGGAGGCUGGGUGAAGAGGAAGAGGCCAUCAAGGGGGGGAGGAGAGGUGGCCGGAGCGGGCGCCGCCGACCUGGUGGGAGGCUGCGGCGGUGACAGCGAGGACGGCGGGGUUCGUGUCGACGAGGAGCAGCUCAUCAAUGGGGAACCCUAGUGAGAGCGCAAUGAGCACCUCCGUUUCUGUCUCCCUAGCGCAAAGCGCGAUGGGGAACCCAAGCUCUUGUGCACUACAUCCUUCGUGACCCACGUUUUGCUAAUAAUCGAGGUGCAUAAACGAUGCGUUACAAGACAUUGCAAUUAAGAGUUUGCUUUUGUUGGUAGUUGAUGGUAAGUUCAUAAAAAUCUUCUGCCAGUGCCAGUCUAACUUAUAUUAUUGUAGUGUGUUUGAACUGCCAAGACAGUUAGCAUUAUAUUAUAUUGCAUAAUUAUCUGUUAAUUAUCCGCA